GCCCCUCCCCCCGGGUUUCCGCGCGCCUCUCUGGCAGCUGGUCACAUGGUGAGGGUGGGGGUAAGGGGUCCACUCCAGCUUGCGGCCUGUGUCUGUGGUCGGGCCCGUGCCGUCCAGCUGCUCCGGACAGAGCUCGAGUGUAUGGCGCCUGGGGAACCGGCUCCCGGGCCCCGAUAACGGGCCUGCCCCGCAGCUCCCGCAAGGGGUGAAGGUCUCCUCUGAUCUGAGAAUGGCUACCCCUCGAUAUGAGCCAGUGGCUGAGAUUGGUGUUGGUGCCUAUGGGACGGUGUACAAGGCCCGUGAUCCCCACAGUGGCCAUUUCGUGGCCCUCAAGAGCGUGAGAGUCCCCAAUGGAAGUGGUGCCGGAGGGGGACUUCCUAUCAGCACAGUUCGUGAGGUGGCCUUACUGAGGCGGCUGGAAGCUUUUGAGCAUCCCAAUGUUGUCCGACUGGUGGAUGUCUGUGCCACAGCCCGAACUGAUCGGGAGACCAAAGUGACCCUGGUGUUUGAGCAUGUGGACCAAGACCUAAGGACAUAUCUGGACAAGGCACCCCCACCAGGCUUGCCAGUGGAGACCAUCAAGGAUCUGAUGCGCCAGUUUCUAAGAGGCCUGGAUUUCCUUCAUGCCAACUGCAUUGUUCACCGAGACCUGAAGCCAGAGAAUAUUCUGGUGACAAGUAGUGGGACAGUCAAGCUGGCCGACUUUGGCCUGGCCAGAAUCUACAGCUACCAGAUGGCACUUACACCUGUGGUUGUUACACUCUGGUACCGUGCUCCGGAAGUUCUUCUGCAAUCUACAUAUGCAACACCUGUGGACUUGUGGAGUGUUGGCUGUAUCUUUGCAGAAAUGUUUCGUCGAAAGCCUCUCUUCUGCGGAAACUCCGAAGCUGACCAAUUAGGCAAAAUCUUUGACCUGAUUGGUCUGCCUCCAGAGGAUGACUGGCCCCGAGAUGUGUCUCUACCCCGAGGAGCCUUUUCUCCCAGAGGGCCCUGCCCAGUGCAGUCAGUGAUACCUGAGAUGGAGGAGUCUGGAGCACAGCUGCUGCUGGAAAUGCUGACUUUUAACCCACACAAGCGAAUCUCUGCCUUCCGAGCUCUGCAGCACUCUUAUCUACAAAAGGCAGAAGGUAACCCAGAGUGAGCAAUGCAGUGGCUGCAACAGAACCAAGAGAAGAGAAGCGGUCACUUACCUUCAUUUGAACACUUGAGUGGAGAGCCCUCCACUGAGAAGGCACUCUGUGCCCUUUUUAUCUGUGGAGAUGUUUCCUCCAACUUCUUACAGAGAAUAUCUUGCUGGCUGCCUUAAUGACAUUCCCCUCCUUCCCCUCCUUUUGAGGAUUACCUUUCUCCUGCCCUCCUAUUUCCUUACACCAACAAGUAUGUCCCUUAUUCUCCCCUUAUCUUGAUAUUAGGAUCCUUUUUUAUACAGGAAAAAACAAAACAAAGAAGUAUGGUCUUUUUUUUUUUUUU